AUGUUUUUGUCUCUUUUAGCCCAGUACACGGAGGACUGGUGUCUGUGCGCAGCGUUGCAGUUCUACGUUCUCUUUAUCGGGAACAGGACACCUCCUUUCCUUAGGGAAUUCGACGUCACUGAUCCUUCGCUUCAGCACCCGUAUACGGAGUACGAACAGGUUUCCGACUUCCUGUGUCUUCUCAUCGAGGCCAAGUUCAACUUCUCGAACUUGAAGAAGAGAAACCUCCACCAUUUGCACAUCUCUGUGCUGGCAUUGGUGAUGUCCAUCAGCUUGACGUUGUUCCUGGUUGUCAUCUUGAAGAAUUGGAUUGCCAGACCAAGACCUGACUUCAUUGCCCGCUGCCAGCCAGAUAUCAAGAGACUCGUGGCUGGCAAGACAACAUAUGACAUUAGUAUCUGUACCGGUGAUAGACAGGUGCUCCUCGAAGGUUUGCGCUCAACACCUUCCGGACACUCUGCCCUGGCUUAUGCUGGGUUGCACUUGGUCAGCAUUUGGAUCUUUGUCAAGUUUGAUAUCUUGUCAUCGUCAGUGCACUUUUGGAAAGUCAUCAUUGCCUCAUUGCCAGAGUGGUUAGCACUGUGGAUUGCCCUUAGCCGUACUCAGGAUUACAGACACCAUUUCGGAGACAUUGUGAUGGGUGGUGUCAUUGGUGUGCUGAUCAGCCAUCUCGUUUGGUUCAAGAUGUUUAAAGGGAAAGAGCCAGUUUACUUGGACAAUGAGUCGGCCGACCCUGAUAUCGUCCUACCAGUAUACAACACCGUUCAAUGA